AAUAACUGACAAAUAAUACAGAGAACGAGGUGCGCACCCAUGUCCAUCACGGGGGACACAAAACUGCUGCUGCUGGUGCUGCUGCUACUGGCGGUGCAGUCUUUAGCAGAUCCAGACUCUGGAGAUUGGCAAUCAUCAUGUAAAUUGGGGCAGAGGUUCAAAAGCAUGAGGAAGUACUUGUACACAUACACAACUGAGAGCAGAAAUGGAGUGGUUGGAACGGCCAACCUCAAAAAUGGACCUAAAAUAACAUGCAAGGUUGAGCUUGACGUCAGGUCUGCGUGUUCCUUCAACCUGCACACGUCCGAGUGUCUCCUCAGUGAGGUGUCGGUCAUCGAUGCCCAGGGCCAGCCUGUCUACAGACAGGCUGCAGGAUCUGAGGCCUUCCAGGCUGCCAUGGAAAGGCAUGACCUCAGCUUCAUGGUAAAUUCAAUGACAGACAUAGAGUUGAGUACCACGCCUGAGGAACCAAGGAACAUCUUGAAUAUUAAACGGGGCAUCAUCUCUGCACUGCUUGCCCCAUCCAUGGACUCUCAGGACAACAAGAAGAUGGCAACCGUUCACGGGGUGUGCAAAACAGACGUGUCUGAACAUCCCCAUGAGGACAUGGACACAGAGGUCUUCGUGACCCGAGACCUGUUCCAGUGCUCCAGAUACUCUCCCCUUGUCCUUGACAGCAGCCCCCUGGCUCUCAUUCAAGGACUGCACACUCCUUUGUCCAUGCUGGUGAAAGGCUCGCAGGAGUGCACCUACCAGUUUGACAACAGGAGAAAACACAUGAAUUCGGUCCAGUGCACAGAGAAUCACAUUUUCAGACCUUUCUCACACCAUGACAAGUAUGGAAUUUCAUCGGUGGUUACCCAGACUCUGACUCUGGAGGACACCGCUAAAUCUAAGAAAAACGGAGGCGACCUUGGCCAUGAAUUUGUAUCUCUGUACUUCGAUAUGGGAGAAGACAAGCUCCCCGUGCAGAGCAAAGACGCCGUGCUGUCCACCCUGAGAGACCUGAGCGGGCUCGCCCCAGCGAUGGGCCAGCAGCGCGCCGGCCUCUUCCAUCGGCUGGUGGCUGAGAUGCGCGGCCUCCGCAAUGCAUCUCUGGAGGCCGCGGUGAAAGACGCCUUGGCCAUCUCCGCGCCGCUCACGUGGCAGGCGCUGGCUCAGUGUGGCACGCUGGAGUGCCGCGUUGCCAUGCUCAUCGAGCUCCAAGAAAGCAACUUGUCGGGGGAUCUGACCGACGCCCUCGUGUACGCCAUGUAUUUGGUCAUUGAUACGACGUCUGGAGAAGAGGUGCGGGAACUUAACAGGCUGGCCUACAAAAGAAUCACCAGACCGCUUCUCUACGCCCUCGGCUUUGCUGUCAAGAAACUCCAGGAUACUUCUGAUUUCCCCUGGGACGUAGUUGAGUCUGUGCGAGCCAACCUGCUGGAUCUCCUGGGAGACUGUUCCGUUCAGGGGGAUACACCAUACCUGGUUAUGAGGGUCAUUGGUAUGAUAGGAUACCGAGUGCACGACAGUCAGACGGAAUCUGCUCUUCUGACCUGUAUGGAUCAGCCGGAAGCAACUCCUUUGGUGCAAAAGGCAGCUAUAGACGCCUUCAGGACCAUGGAAUUCCACGGUUCCGCUGAACCAAGAGUACGUCUGUUACAGGUGUACCAGGAUGGAAAUGCCCCAACCUGGAAGCGAUUGGCAGCGUAUCGCAUCAUGGCGAAGCAGGAGGAAAACCUGAACACCAUCAUCCAGUACCACGUGAACCAAGAACAGAACCCUGAGGUGAAGAGCUUUGUGGCCUCUCACUUAGCGAGCAUCUGGAGAUCCCAGCGAGAGGAUGAUGAUAUGCGAUAUCAGUUUAUCAACGCGGGCUACGUGGCCGAUCAAGAUGCACCUGGAAAAUCCAAACGAUUGUACCACCACCCGAUCCCUGAGCUUUUGGACCUGGAAAGCAUGGUGAUUAGGGAACCAAACUCCUGGCUGCCAGAGGAGGUCAUUUUUAAAGCAUUGUCUGGAGGUCAUGAUGCAGGGCAUUUGACUCAUGAAGGCUUUUUUGAGUUUGGCAUGCAAGGAGAGCAUCUUGACCCGCUCCUUGAUUCCUUAGUUGGUGAUGAUGGCCUGAUUCCAAAAUUCCUAGUUGCUGCCUUGAAGUGGGUGGGUGGUAUCGUAUCUCCUGAACUUAAAAGCCUCCUGGAGAAGUUGACUGCCGCCAUAGCAGGGAAUCGCAUGAAAAGACAGGCCCCCGAAGUUACCUUAAAGGAACUUAAGGAUAUCGUUGAGAAGUUCUUAAGCGAAAUUGAAACGGGUAACUCUCCCGAGGUUGUGGUAUACCUCAGGCUGUUUAUGGAGGAGCUUGGAUACAUUAGGGCCAGCGACCUCACACGCCUGCCUCAUACGAUCGCCAAGUACGGACGUCUGAUAUUCAUGAGCAUGCCGGCCCAGGCUAUGAAGUCAAUUCUCUCUGGCACUGAUAAUGAUUAUUUUGCUCACUACAUGUUCAUGGAUGAGAACAUGAUACUGCCAACCGGAUCAGGCCUUCCACUAAAGCUAUCGCUCUCAGGUGUUUUUGCCCCAGGAGCUAAAGGAGGCAUUUCUCUGUCACAAAAAAUGUUGUCUUUUGCGCCCUCUGCUGGCCUGGAGUUUGUCACCCAUAUGGGUGUUUACCUUCCUGAGUAUGUACCUGCUGGGAUAGAGAUGCAUACCAACAUGUACAGCGAGGGUGCUCUGGACGCCAAAGUCACGCUGGGAGACAAGCAGGUCAAGAUCUCCAUUCUGCCCCCUAAAGAAAAUGUUCAGCUUCUCAGUAUCAGCAAUAAGCUGCUCUCCAUCUCAUCAUCGCAGCCAAAGAUUGUGCCCUCCAUAAUGGAGGACAGGACGGACAUAACCGACUGCCAGCCGCUCAUCCCCGGGUUCAAGCUCUGCUCAAUCACACGCUACUCCAAUGGCAGCUCUAUACAAGAGACCUCCUACUUCCCUCUCACUGGAGAGAGCAGGUUUGCAUUUGAACUCAUGCCCGUGCCAGAGGAGGCAACAGCGUACUCAGCCACUGCCUCUUACCAACUGCUCCAGGAGGGCGAAGAGGAGUCCUUCGGGAGGGCAAAGAGGAGCUCAGGCGCACAGGAGGAUACUGUAACGAUAACUUUUGAAAUAGAGGGAUCUCCCUACUCUGAUGCCACCGCCACCUUGAAGUUCAACCGGGAUAAGAAGAUCUUCACCGCUGACUUCCAAGCACCUGACUUGGACUAUGAGGUUGGGAUCAGACUGGCUGCAGGCGAAAGCAAGGUGAAAGGGAAGAAGAUGAGAGGCUUCACCUUUGAUGUAACAAACAAGAACAUCCCACAGUUGUCUUUGGUUGGCCGGGCCAGGCUGGAGUCGUUAAAGGAUGCCAUGAUUCAGGUGGAGCUGGACAUUCCCUCUCUCAUCUCCAAGGCAACAGCCACAGCCUCUCUGAAGAAGGACAGCGGACUCACUGUACAGCUGGAGACCAAGGCUGACAUCCCAAAGACUUCCUCUGUGCAAGCACUCAUCCUUAGAUAUGAUGAAAAUAAGGUUGAAGUUGAGUUGAAAUCAGAGUUGAACUCAGACUUUGACCAACUUUUCCCCAACAUGGAGGGCAUACGAAACAAUGCCCAGAGAGCCAUCGAUGACAUGCUGGACCAGACAGUCCCCAAGACGGACAUGAAACUUCGCCACAUAGUGUCUAAAGGCUUUGAGGCAGUUAAUAUCUGGCUGGAUAAAGUGGCAGCAGACGUCCCCAGUCUAAGCAGCCUGAGAAGCAGAAGAAGUAUCCCAGAACUGCCAGCUGUUCCUGAGAAACUCUUUCUGAAAUGGGCAACCUUAUUCAGGUACCAGUUCAACAAAGACAAAAUGCAUAUUGAGGUACCACUUCUGCUUCUGCUUAAUGGAAUGAAUUUAGACCUUGGAAUUCCAGAUGAAAUCUCCAUUCCAGAAAUAGACUUGCCCGACAUAGGCCUGUAUAUUCCCAGCAACACCUACAGCAUCCCAUCAUUCAGCAUUCUCGACGUGGAGGAUAUCUCUUGGCCAUUGCUUGGACUGGCUGAGUUGUCCACAGAGAUAACCAGUAGCCUUUGUAGCUGGGAGGCUUCAGUCAUUGGUGGAAACAAUACCAUUGAUGUCCCGAGCCUCAUUGGCCAGUACAAGAUAAUGUCAGACUGCCUCCUACCCUUCCAGCUUGAAGGAACUGGAAUGAUACAAAGCAUGGACGGAAUAGACGACAACCCAAGUAUGUUCAAAUAUCUGGUAAACAAUUCACUGAGUAACAGCUUGCUGGAUGCCAGCUUCAGUAUUUCUGAAACUUUUACCUGGAAGGGUUGGUUGUUCCCUACGUAUACGGAUAGAUCCAAUUACAGACUUCAAGCAUCCAGCCCACUUGGAGUAUCUGUGUCUUUCCAUUCUUCCAGUCAGUCAGUGCUUGAUAUGAUGAAGGACAUUUUAAAGGGGGAUGGUGACAUGGAUGGAGACAUCAAAGUUGGCCCUCUUUACGCAAAACUUAAAUUCACCCACUCCUAUGAAUUUGAUGACGAUGAGGAUGCUAAGUAUGAAUCAAAUUUGAAUCUUGAUUCAUCAUUAAUUCAACUUCAAAACGUGAUCAAUGUAGAAGCGACGAACAUACUCCUUGUCCGAUCAAAAACUACCACAGCGAAUGACAUCUUUACGCACAUGCUGGAAAUGAAAUAUACGGACGAGGACGAGUGUUCAGCAUGUACUUUGAAGUCAGACGCAACAGCUAAGUUGGCUGGGAGUACGCUAAAUAACAAGAUUGACCUUGGCCUCACCUGUGAUGAUGCUGUAUAUCUAAAGGUGGAAACCGAAGCAGAUGAUGGACGUAAUAGGGCAUAUUCAGUCAUCACUGCAAAGGCGGAUGACAAUACCUUGUUGGAGACCAAUACGGACGGCACCGUGGUAUUUGAAUCCUGCCGUGGUUCCCUAAAAUCCAGCCUCAAUAUUGGCGACGCUGGUUUGUCAACAGGUGGUGUGGCAAGUUUGCAGUGCAGCCCGUUAGCAUUUGAAAAUACGUUCAAUGGUGGAAUAGACUCCGAUGGAGGCACAAUGUCCCUGAACUUAAAAGUGUCCGGACGUGACGACAGCACAGAAUUUCAAGUUGAGGGGAAAGCAACUCCUUCACAAGCCUCUCUCAACAGUUUCCUCAAGGGAAAUCUCUUUGACGCGGACAUACUCAAUACUAUGAAUGUGGGGUUGGAUAGAGAUGGCCUUGUCAUCUCUGACAGUAUGAAGGGGUCCCUGCAAAGUUUGAGGACAGAGAGUACUCAUUCCUUGUCAGCUACAUUUUGGACAUUGGCCCUCCGCUCCAAGACUGAUUGCUUUGUCUGCGAUGGCACAUCCUACAAUCAUGACAUCAAUGUGGCCCUUGAGCCAUUUGAUUCAAAAAUUACAUUUAAAAAUGACAUUAGACUGUAUGAUAAUGGCAUAAGCAACGAUGGAGAACUGCAUCUAGCACCAAUGAAGAUCGAUCUGACAGGCACGGUUGGUGCUUUUAGUGCUGAUGGUGACAGUGUCACGCAAAAUUGCAAUAUCCAUUAUGCGGACCUGGCUGGAGUCGUGCAGUGUCACUUCAAAGGUACAAUUUCAGAUGCAAAGUUUAGUCAUGAUGUUGACCUCAAGUAUGCAGGACUCCAAUCCAAAUUUAAAAGUGAGGCCCUGAUAGACACCAAAAUCCUGCGUCUUCAGAGCACUUUGCGAACGAUGGCAGAACCAUUCAGUCUUACCGUGGAUGGCAUCGUCAACAGCGACAGUGAGGUGCAUUUCUAUGGGAAGCACAAGGGUCAGCUGUACAGCAAGUUGCUGUUCAGAGCGGAGCCAUUUGGUAUUGCCCACUCCCACGACUGCAGAGCCUCCGCCAGUCAUGACAUGCCCUCAGGAUUAACCCACGAGACUCAGCUGGAGAAUAAACUCGAGGGCAUUUUGACACCAAGUGAGCAGAAGUGGCUUUGGAAGGUGAAGUCAAAAUUAAAUAAUCAUGCAUAUAAUCAGGACAUAAGCACAUACAACAAUGAUGAGAAGAUGGGGAUAGAGUUUGCAGGUGUGGUUUUCACCAACCUCUUGAACAAAGCUGGACCGUCGGCUUACUCUUUUGAAAAUGAAGAAUUCAGUUUGACUGCAUUUCUUAAAUAUGACAAGAAUAGUGAUUCUCAUAUAUUUUACCUGCCUUACGUUGAUGAUCUUCCCGCUUCUUUCGAACAGCUGAAGGCCUCUGUGGUGAAUAUCCUUCAAACAAUACAGCAGUAUAUUGACAGUUUAGAUGUUAAUAAUUUAUGCACUCAGUUCAAGGCAACUUUGGAAAGAAUCCCACAGGAUGUGGAAAAUUAUAUCAAGGAAUUGGACCUUGAAGGGAAAUUUCAGCAAGCCAAUGCUGAACUGGUAUCUUGGAUACAAAACUAUGCCAUCUCAGUGGAUGACCUGGAGACGACUGUGCAGAAUUUAAGAGAAGCUACCGAAACCAUUGUACUUGACAUAACUAGUAAAUUAAGAGACAUUGUCGCAAAUAUCAAAGACUUUUAUAGUGACAACUGGCAUGACAUUUUAAAGGGAUUUCUUUCUACAGUUGCAAAUGAUUUAGCAUAUUAUAACGACAAGUAUGGAUUUUCUAAUGCAAUCAUGAGGGCUAUUGAUGCCAUUGCAGACAUCAUCCAGCAAAUUGAUAUGGAAAAACUCAAAGAUAGCAGUUUUGCCUGGCUACAAGACCUUGACACAAACUAUGAAAUAAAAGACUGGCUACAGGAAAAAGUAAGUGAAAUAAAGCAAGCCUUGGAGAGUUUUGAUAUUUGGAAGUUAUCACGGGAUCUGGAGGACUACAUACAGUCAUUUGAUUUAAAUGAGCUUCUGGGACAAAUAACAGAUCAACUUCCAACGGAUGACAUUAAAAAUACACUUGAAACAAUGAAGGAUAUUCUUGUAAACUGGCUGGAUGAGUAUGACAUUGAUGGGAAAAUCAAUUCUGUUAUCACAAAAAUACAGGACCUCCUUCAACGCUAUGAAAUAGACAAGAAAUUUGAGAUGCUCUCCAAUGAAUUCAUCGAGCUAAUUAGAGAAUAUAACAUACAUGAAACUUUGCAAGAAAUUGUGGAUGAAUUGAAAAAAAUUGAAUGUGAAUAUAUAUUCAACAGUUUCAUGCAAAUCCUUAAUGAUGUGAUCAAUCAGUUAAGCUCAAUUGACUUCAAGCAAAGUAUUCAAGAUCUCAAUGAGCAUAUUUCAACAACAGUCAAAGCAAUAGAGGACUUUGAUUAUAAAAUGCAGCUAGAUGACAUUAACAGUAAAAUCGGUGAGGUAAUAAAUUAUGUGAAUGAACAUAUCAAAACAUUGGAAAUUCCAGAGAAAAUUGAGGCUUCAAGAGAGUUUCUCAGAGGAAUCCAAUCAACGAUAUGGAAUUAUUUGGACCAGCUCAAAGAAACAAGAGUUGGAGAAUUGUUCACCAUGCUGAAGGAUGUCCUAGAAAAAACUGCUUACAAAGAUAUUCGAGACAAACUACAAGAUAUGUUGGCAGACAUGAGGCAAAGGGUCAGUGACAUGGAUGUCAACGCUGAGAUGAAGUUCUACCUGGAGAGGGCUAGUGAAUCUUACACUAACCUGCUAGACUACAUUAGCGUUCAGUUGACUAGAAUGAUUGAUGCAAUUCGUCAGGUGGCAAAAGAUCAAGAACUCCUUGACGAAAUCCAAAACUUUAUAAACAGCAUGAUGGAUGACCUCAAAACGGCAGAAAUUUCAAUUGAGUCAUUUGAUUUUCCACUGACAGAUCUCACAAUUCCAGAUAUAUCCAUUGCACUCCAUAACCUUCAAGCCAUUGAUAUUCCAUCCCGGAUUGAAAUCCCACAAUUUGAUGUUCUUAUAGUAUUUGAGGUACCGUCUAUCACCCUGGACUUUGAGGAGUGGAAACAGAAGAUAAUAGAAACAAUUGAUGAAAUUCGUGCAUUUGAACUUCCAAUUGUAGAGAUUGAUGCAAUUUUUGGAGAUCUUAGGGUGCUUUAUAUGUUUGACCUGCCAGAUCUUACCUUUCCAGAGUACGUCAUUUCAGAAAUAAAGAUCCCUGUUAUAACUUUACCAAAAUUAAACUGCCAGGAUUUUGAGAUCACAAAACUACCUAUUCCUGAAGUGAAACUGCCAGAGAUCCCAAGUGAUGUUCAGGUGCCGGCUUUUGGCAAAUUGUAUGGUGAGAUAAGGAUAAACUCACCUCACUACACGUUAGUCACUGAGGCUGCACUGGAGAACUCGACAACUGCAUCCAAAUCCCCACAGUUCACUGCCACUCUCACUUCUGAUGCCAAAUCCACCUUUAAGCUUUUAGAGUUCACCUUAGAUGGCACACUCCGUUUGGAAGCUCCAAGAAUGAAGAAGAUGGUCUUUAAAGAGACAUUGAAACUAUCACAUGUAUCUUUCCAAAUUGACCAUGAGGGUAAUCUGAUUUUCAGUGGACCAUCAGCUGAAGCAACAGCAAAGACCACAGCCAAAGCUACCAUGGCUGUCUACACUGCUGAUCUGGAAAAUACUGCUGAACUUUCCCUGAAGAAUGGAAUUUCAUUUUUAAUGAAUACAAACUACAACCACAACUUAAAUGUUCAAAAUUCCAGAUCCAAGAGAGAUUUAAUCAGUUUAGCCCGUGAUAUAUCAAGUCAGAUGACCAUGACACAAACAGCAAAAGCACAACUAGAAUCGGGAACUAUCACUUUGACUGUAGAGACAAUGGGAAGUGGGAAGGCGUCAGUGGAUGACUUUUCAGAUGAGGGUACACACAACAGCAAGUUGGAGUUCAAUGUAAAUAUUGGCACAGCAAAACUCACAUUCUCUGGUGAGACGAAGAGCAAAGCCCUUUCACUAAAGCAGGAUGUCAAUAUCGAAUCAGUCAGCAUGAGUGAUUUGACAGUUAGUGUGUUAGCUGAAACUGAAACGCCAUUCAUCAAAAGCAGUCAGAUGACUGUAAAAGGAAUUGCUGAGAUGGAGAACCUUAAAAUAGACCUGGCAGUGGAUCAUAAUGCUGAGCUAAUUGGUAAAGUUAGUGGCACUAUUUCCAAUUCUCUGGAGUUUUUGGCAAAGCCAUUUGAGAUAGUCUUGGAUUGUAAAAACAAAGCAAAUACCAAAAUCCAGUUCCCCUUGAAACUGACAGGAAAACUGGACCUCCAGAAUGAUUACGGGUUCAUCCUGAAUUCAGAGAAGCAACGAGUAUGUUUGGUUGGACUAGCUCGCUUCAAUCAGUACAAAUAUAACCACAACUUCACCUUGGACAACAACCCAGAUGAUAUGGGCAUAUAUGGAGAGAUGAAUAGUGAGGCAAACCUUGACUUUUUGACUGUGCCUGUUACAAUCCCUGAAAUGACUUUGCCAUACUUUGAGGUUAAAACACCAAUGGUAGCAGAAUUUUCACUGUGGGAAGACGCUGGGCUCAAUCAUCUUCUAACUACACCACGCCAAUCAUUUGCCAUGGAUUUGAAAUUGCAGUAUCAAAAAAACCCUGACACACAUGCCCUCUACUUUGACCUUGCACCUGUAUACAGCAUGAUUCAAAAUGAGGCUCAGUUUCUACGAGAAAACUUUGAAGUAGGAAGAAACUGGGUUUUUGAAAAUCUCAUGAGCUCCUACAAUCAAGCUAAGUCACAGUAUGAAAAAUUCCAAAUUGACACAUCCAGUCAACCUCCAAAAUACUUCAGAAUUCCUGGAUACACUAUUCCUGUCCUGAACAUCCAAGUGUCAGCGUUCAGCGCCGAAAUGCCUGCAUUUAGUUACCUCAUCCCCAAAGAAGUCAGCACACCCAGUUUUAAGGUGCCAGCUUUGGGCUUCUCAGUUCCCUCCUAUACUCUUGUUCUGCCCUCCUUGCAACUUCCCGUCUUGCAUGUUCCAGAAACACUGGCACAGCUGACUCUUCCAGAUUUACUAUUGCCAGAGGUCCAGAACAGCAUCCUGAUACCAGCCAUGGGAAACACGACCCUGGACUUCUCCUUUAAGUCAGCCGUAAUCACUUUAAUUGCCAGUGGUGGACUCUAUAAUCAAUCCGACAUUGUGGCCAAAUUAGAAGUUACCUCUACCUCAGUGUUUGAUAUUCUGAAAAGCAAAUUCGAAGGCACAACAAGCCUUGCAAUGGACAGAGGUAAGCUGGCAACAUCUAUGACUCUGGAGCACAUCAAAUUUGAAGGAAAGCAUGAAAGCUCUUUAAGCUGCACUUCAUCUUUGGAAGUAAACUCUGCCACUUUUGCUAAAGUUAACUUGCCCAUUCUGACUUUAGAGGCGGAUCACAAUUUGAAUGUAUAUUCUCACGGCUCACCUAAUUUUGUCUCUGAACUGAAAGGUAACCACAACUUUAACAUCCCCUACAUCAAUGCAGUUGGAAAUGGGGACUUUGGACAGAAAGUGAAUGUUGCGGUGUCAGGCAUAUUUAUGUCUUUAACCAACCAAAUAGCAGGAAAGAUCACUGGAUCUGUGAUGGAUACCGGAAACUUUGAAGGAGGUCUUCAACAUGAAGCUGAUAUUUACAUUAAGCAUAGCGGUGUUAGGUCCAAAUUAGGAACAUUAGUGAAAACUAAAAUUGACCAAGACAACAUCAGCAUUUUAAAUAUCGAGGUGAAUGAGGACUUUGCACUAGAAGCAUCUCUGCGUCGUGUUUACAGUGUAAUGACAUGCACGUGUACAAACAAGGCCAACAUUGCCUCAUUCAGCACGAAUGGCGAUCUCUCUGCCAAGGUCACUCUUGAGAUGGUUCCCCUUACAACGGUACUGAUUGAUAUGGACUUAGAUAUCGUUCAGCCAAGCAAUAUUGGUGAUGCUGAAAUAGUCCAGAAAAUAGAUCUUGACAUCACAGCAGAAAAGCAAUCAUUGAAAUGGUCUGGGCGAGAGCAAAUCAUUUCCAUUGUCCAUGCAUGCGACCUUGUGCUUUCCAAUGAUAAGGAGGAGGCCCGUAUAGAGGCAACACAGUCCUGGGAAGCACACCUUGCUUUCCUGCAAUCCAUCAAGUUGCCAGUUUAUCAGAAAACUCUGUGGGAUGUCCUGAAGUUUGACCAGGUCACCAGCGUUGAACAGCGUCAAUUCUUCAACGCCUCCACCUCUGUUGUCUACACCAAGAGUGCAGAUGGGUUCAUGUAUGGCUAUAGGGAUGUCAUACGUGACCUCUAUAACAUCAAUCAAAUCCUGGAGUAUCUAAAUCUUGAGGAGUAUUUUGAAAUUCCAUACACAUUCUUCAUUCCAUCUUUUGGGAUGGAAGUUGACCUGAGGAAAAUAGAAGAAAUCCCUGAUUCCCUAACCACUCCGGAAAUUAACUUGCCCGGUCCUCCUGAAGUGAACAUUCCAAGUCUUGAGAUUGUCACCAAGCAUCACCUGGGUAACAGGUCUCAUAUUUAUGUUAAAAUCCCAGCGUUUGAAAUCACCAUUUCGCAAAUAAGGUUACCACAGGUAUUUUAUGAUGUAUGGCAUGCCCUGCCAGCCUGCGGCGUGCCCCUGGUGGAGAUCCCCAAGAUGUCUCUGGAAAUGCCAGAAAUUUCCUUCAAUAUACCAACCAGCAUACUGAUCCCGGUGGUUGGAAGUCUUUCAACAACAGUAAAGGUAGCUUCUCCAAUAUACACCGAAACAUGGACUACGGUGGCUAAAUUCCAUUACCCUGAGCAGUCUUACGCUGAGCUGGUGACCUCUCUCAGGGCCAGCUGCACCUCAACAAUGACCUUCCUAGAGUAUAACUUGGAUGCUAAAGCGACGUGGCAGUAUUAUGACGGCCUGAGCAUAAAUGGUGUAUGCAAGCUGACCCACAGUGAUUUCAAUAUUGACUGGCAGCACACACUAACACAGAAUACAAGGGUAAAGCGUCAAGACUCACAGGACGUGAGCUCUCGUCAUACGCUGUAUGUGGACAUCACAAGCCCAACAUUCGUCGACGUCAGCUGUCGAUAUGCAUCCCACAAAAAUGGAAUCACUGCAUCCGUCUCCUCCCCCUCUGCCGGCUUCAUGGGAAUCCAGCUUCAAAGGCGUUCACCUUCACAAUACUAUGGGAAAGUCUUUGGUCGUUACCCGUCCUCUCCUGACAAGGACACAGAUAUGGUCACUGUGAAAGCCACCCUUAGAAACUCCGAAAAGUUGAGUCUGCAGGUCGCCUGGAACUGGAACACUGUCAGCGACAUCCUGUACGGGGUGAAGCAGAACACGCCAGGCAUCGUCACCUCCCUGAAGAGGUGUGUCAACAAGUACCACACGGCUCACUUUGGCAUGGAUCUGAACCGGGCCUCUCUGAAGCUGAAGAACAGCCUGUCCAACACCAUCGAGAGGACCUACCACGAGGCGCCGCAGAUCCUCAACUCCAUGCAGAACUCCCUGGAAGAGCUCAGCCAGCAGACCAGAGAGGCGUACAAGAGGGCCGCCGACCAGAUCCCUUACGUGGACCUCCAGGAGAUGAGGAACAGGUUCUCGGACAGAGCCAGGGAGGUGUACGAGAACUACGAGAAAACCGCCCGUGUCCUCAUUGACGCCUCACUGCAGUUCCUCAGAGAGACCAAGUUCCACCUGCCGGGACUGGAGGAGAAGCUCAGCGGGCAGGAGCUGUACCACCGGGUUCGAAUCUAUGUGUCAGACGCCAUAACAGAGGCCACCAAUGCUUUCAUUAGAUUAAUGGAAACCAUUUGCUCUUACAUUAGAAGUGUAGAGAUCACACUGCCAUUUGUUGACAAGGUCCUCCGGGGCCAAGAGAUCGUGGACAGCCUGCCCACCGUGGACACGGUAGAGCAGAGUGUCAAAGACGCCCUAGAUAGGUGGGAGAACCUGAGGCUGCAGUCCUUGUUACAUAGUGUGAAUGAUUUCCUGAGGCACCUCAUCAUGACAAUCGAGGAAGCCCUGACUUCUCUGCAGAGCGUACAGCUGGAGGACUUCAUAGUUCAGCUCAAGAACAGCAUUGAGGAAGCAGGCAAUGUGCCAGCCAUUGAGGAAAUCAAAUUGCAGAUCAUAGAUGCCAAGAAGCAUGUGGGCACUUACAAAGAUGUGGCUAAAAUGAAGGUUCAGGAUGUGUACAAUGAAUUCACUCUGGAGAACAUCAACCAAACGGUGGUGGACGCUCUUGAUGUGUUUGAGUCUCAUUUCUUAGGUGGGGCCAACGAGUUUCACGAUCUACUGCGACACCACACGCAGGAUGCAGAGCCCUAUAUUAAAAUUUACAACAAAAAAGCAGAAGUAGAAAUCCCCCUUCCCUUUUUCUGGAAGUCCUUUAAUGAUUGGCCAACUCAGACAAGGGAAUAAUCUUUCGUUUUAAUCUAUCAUCAUCAUUACUGUUACACGGACAGGAAGCAAAGCAACUAUUUCAGGACUACUGAGAUGGGACUUGUCCAAGAUUGCAUUGGAAACCAGAAAGUACAUGUUUUUGUUAUUUUUUAUUAAUAAAUAAAUCAAUCAAUAAAAUAUGAUACAGUGCUAAAUUAUUCUUAAUGACUCACAGUUGAGGAAAAAAAAAGAAAAGUUGUUUAAUUUCCAGACAGUCCUGGAGUGUAACUUCUUAAUUUUUAUGCUAAACUGAUAACUAUUAAAAAUAACUAUGUGGUAAUAAA